AUGGGAGGACCUUACGCUUCCAAGGUCGCCGGCCUGGGGGGCCUGCCAACCGUUGGCGUCGACGUACCCAUCUGUGCCAUCUUCCUCGUGCUUUUCAUCAGCGGCGCCGUGGGCCAUAUGACAACGUUCCAGAUCAAUCGACGCCGAGGCCACAAAUUCAUUCCAUCCGCCGCCACAUUCGGCUUCUGCAUGUCACGGACAGUCGCGUGCAUUAUUCGGAUAGUAUGGGCCUGUUAUCCUCACAACGUCUCCCUCGCGAUCGCCGCCCAGAUCUUCGUGGCCGCCGGCGUGCUCAUUCUAUUCAUCCUGAAUUUGCUGUAUGCCCAGCGCAUGGCAUUAUACGCGAUCACCGUGGUCUCGAUCAUCAUGCUGAUCACGGUCGUUAUCCAAUCUGCCUAUACCCUGAACGCAAACACCCACCGGAUCGACCGCGACAUCCAAGUAUACGGAGUGACUUACUUCGCCAUCGUCUCUUUCCUGCCUCUUCCGAUUGUUCUGGCCCUGUUGCUCUUCACGCGGGGGAGGCAGAUUGAGAGCCCGGGCCAUGGCUCUUGGGCUGCUAAGGGCGCGAUCGUCAUUACCGCAGCGGUGCUGCUCUGUCUGGGUGCUUCUUUCCGCGCUGCGACCACCUGGAUGCCGCCUCGUCCGGCUACCAACCCUCCGCCAUACGACCACAAAGCUUGCUUUUACAUCUUCGAUUUUGGAAUCGACAUUACGGUCGUGAUGUUGUUCCUGUUUGCACGGGUUGAUAAGCGCUUCUGGGUGCCUAAUGGAAGCUCCCAAGUCCGUCACUACCGGGGAGUAGAAGAACCGGUAGAGGAGCUGAAAGAGCUGAAGGAGAAGGUCGACGUGGAGAAGCUGUGA